UAUGGUCUGCAUCCAUCUCACUGCAAAGGCAUUCAGGCAGCAUUGUGUUUCUGGACAAAGUUUUACAGAUCGCAGUGAUGCCAGUCAGCUCUGGGACUUUAAAUGUUGCAGACUUGCCCCGGGAGGAAAUUCCAGCCGGCAGAUUAGAGCAUCGGCAGCCUGCGCAGCUACCUGGCCGCAGUCCCUUUCCUGGUUAAGGCGGCUCGACGGUGCGGUGAUGUAAUCUCUCCCUUUCUAAUACCAAAUAAAGUAUUUCUACUGUCGGCCGCGGUUCGGGAAAGGGCUAAGGAAGAAGCGGAUCGAUAGAGAUGAACACCAGUUAGCCAGCUAAAGGAAUUCGCCGGAGCCCGGCUUUACGCCCUCGUCCUGCCUAUGGGGACACCGGAGAGUCGGCAUUGCAGGCUGCUAGCCGGGCAUUUAGCCGGCACUUAGCCUGACAGCUAGCGGGCAGCUAGCCCACAGUACCCGCAGUGACGUACUGGCUCUUUCCUUUCAGGUGGCUUGUCUGGCAUGUUUCUAGCUAGUUGAAUUUUUCAUCAUUUUGAAGUGCCAUGGCUGGGUUCAGGCAAGAAGAUGUGGAGCUGCACUAUGAAAUGGGUGAAGAGUUGGGGAGUGGACAGUUCGCUAUUGUGCGCAAGUGCCGGGAGAAGAGCACUGGCCGUGAUUAUGCGGCAAAGUUCAUCAAGAAGCGGAGGUUGUCCUCCAGCCGGCGUGGCGUCAGCUGUGAAGAGAUUGAACGCGAGGUCAACAUAUUGCGCGAGAUCCAGCAUGCCAACAUCAUCACUUUGCACGACAUAUUUGAGAACAAGACGGAUGUUAUCCUCAUCUUAGAGCUUGUUUCUGGUGGGGAGCUCUUUGACUUCCUGGCUGAGAAAGAGUCCCUAACGGAGGAGGAGGCCACCCAGUUUCUUAAGCAGAUCCUGGACGGUGUCCACUACCUUCACUCAAAAAAUAUUGCCCAUUUUGACCUAAAGCCUGAAAACAUUAUGCUACUAGAUAAGAAUGUGGCCAAUCCCAGGAUCAAACUCAUAGACUUUGGAAUAGCACAUAAAAUCAAAGAAGGCAAUGAGUUCAAGAACAUCUUUGGGACUCCUGAGUUUGUGGCACCUGAAAUUGUGAACUAUGAGCCACUUGGCCUGGAAGCAGACAUGUGGAGCAUCGGGGUCAUCACAUACAUCCUGCUGAGUGGAGCUUCUCCGUUUCUGGGAGAGACCAAGCAGGAAACCCUCACCAACAUCUCGGCUGUUGACUAUGACUUUGAUGAAGAGUACUUUGCCAACACCAGCGAACUGGCCAAAGACUUCAUACGAAGGCUGCUGGUCAGAGAUCCCAAGAAAAGGAUGACGAUCGAAGAUAGUCUGGAGCAUCCAUGGAUCAAGGUAAUCAAGCGCAGGAACGUCCGGCAGGAAGAGAGCGAGCGCCGGCCAGAGCGUCGCCGGCUGAAGACCACACGCCUGAAGGAGUACACCAUCAAGUCCCAUUCCAGCAUGCCGCCCAACAACACCUACGUCAACUUCGAGCGCUUCUCCCAGGUUAUGGAGGGCAUCACGGCUGCAGAGGAGGGCUUGCAGCAGCUGGAGCGCAACCAGAGGUCCUGUCAGGAGGAUGUGGCCGCUUUGCUGUCCAUCUACGAGGAGAAGGAGAGCUGGUACAAGGAGGAGAAGGAAAGUGUGGAGGAGGAGCUGGUGCGCAUUCAGCAGGAGCUGCAGCGUGCACAGGCGCGACGCCGGCAGAACCAGGAGGAGGUGCGGGUGGCCACGCUGUCCGCCAACGCCCUCAGGCGCAAGUUCGGCCGGCUAGAGAAGCGCUACGAGGUGCUGGCGGAGAGCGUGCACGCGGAGGUGCGCUGGGUGGAGGAGCUUGUCCAGUCGCUGGCAUCGGAAGGCUGCUCUGUCACCAGCAUGCGCUGACUUGGUUCCCCCAGACCUUCUCUCUACACUCCUGCUCAUCUCGUCACAUUUCAGAGCCAUAUCCCAUAUCUGACAGAAAUGAACUCUGGAGCAGCUCACACUAAAUGUACUUUAAUCAUUUCAGCAUGCAGUGCCUUCCCCUCGUCCCUCAGGCUGGCAUCUCCGCCCAAAUCGCCUGUACACUUGCUUACAUAUUUCUUGUGAUGUCAUGUCUUGCCCUGGCUGUCCCUGGGAAUGGUAGAUGAGUUACUGUUGGUCAGUUGUAUUUCUGCACUAAAAGUGCAAUAUUACUCAGUCACUUCCUCAGGUGGUGCUGUUAAAUACAAAUUUUGUUGCAGAAUAAUAUUAUCGUUAUUCAAAAUUAGCUGUUGGUAGCAAAAUGGACAUGGUAUUUUUAUAACUCUACCAUGUUAUUUAUACAUCAAUCCGUGUUUUAUUUUUGUGUGGUUUGUUUAGUGUCGAAUACAUAAGCGAACCAAAGUUUGAUCUCAACUUUUAGCACGACUCUGGUAUGGUUGCUGAAUAUCAUUAGUGCAGAUGCAUGUCAUCCACGUACUGUACUGUCAGACAGCUUUCCAAAGCUGCGUUCUGAUUCUCUUUGGGGGGGUGGGGGCUGGUCGCUGUCCUCAAGCAUAACGAAGGCAAACUGCGCAAGGCAACACUUUGAUCUGGAAAUGAAUGCUUGCCUGUGCGUUAUAUAUCCCCCCCCCUCCAGAUAUAUAUUAUAUAUUUAUAAAUUCAACGAAUAAAAGGACUUAUUUACAAGUUACAGGCAAAUUAUAUGUACUUACACGUAAAAAGCCAUGUUAUUCAUGUAUUUUUUCUUAAAUACUCAAAGCAUUCCAUCAGACAUAUACUCACUUUCCAGUGUUUUUUUUUUUUACUAUGUGAUCCAACCCCCUCCACCCCACACACACGUAAUUCUCUGUAUGUCGCUUGUGGGGAUUACGUAACUGUAUUCAAUCCCGUUUCCUUCUAUGGUACUCCGCUUAGUGACGUUUAUUCUUCAUGAAAUAAACACGAGACUGAAGUUGGCUCCUUA